CCUCCAUAUCAUGUGAUUCAGAUGUUCCAAUCCCCUCCAUAUCAUGUGAUUCAGGUGUUCCAAUCCCCUCCAUAUCAUGUGAUUCAGGUGUUCCAAUCCCCUCCAUAUUAUGUGAUUCAGGUGUUCCAAUCCCCUCCCAAUCAUGUGAUUCAGGUGGUCCAAUCUCCUCCAUAUCACGUGAUUCAGGUGUUCCAAUCCCCUGCAUAUCAUGUGAUUCAGGUGUUCCAAUCCCCUCCAAAUCAUGUGAUUCAGGUGUUCCAAUCCCCUCCAUGGACACAGGUGGAUACAAUCAAGCCCCUAGGCAUGCAGACUGCUUCUACAAAC